AUGUGUAGAAUGCGUGGUUUUGAUGACUUUGAAAUGGAUCUCGAUAGAGAAGACGCUAUUAAGGUUGUUCAGAGCGCAGUCAAGGCUCAAAGAGAGAUUCUUAAGGAUGCUAAUCCUGAAAAGUCGCUGAAUGAGAUUCCUCAAAUGUGGUGUAUUUACAAGGAGGUCAUGGGAUACUACGAAGGUGGUAUGCCUGUUCCAGACGAUGUGACUCUUCUUUGGAGUGACGACAACUGGGGUAACAUUCGUAGACUGCCUCUUCCUCAUGAACUUGAGAGAGAAGGUGGUGCUGGUUUGUACUACCACUUUGAUUAUGUUGGUGAUCCUCGUGAUUAUAAAUGGCUCAACACUGUUUCUCUUCAAAGAACUUACGAACAAUUGCACUUGGCUUACCAACGUCAAGCUGAUAAAGUAUGGAUUUUGAACGUCGGUGACUUGAAACCUCUUGAGCUUCCCAUCAAUUACUACUUUGAUUUGGCUUAUGAUAUCAACAGAUGGAGUUAUGACAACAUUGAUGAGUGGACUCUUUUGUGGGCUGAACGAGAAUUCGGUAAGACCGAGUCCGAAGAGAUUGCUUAUCUUGCAGAUACUUUCAGUAAAUACGCUGCUUGGAGAAAGUUCGAGUUGGUUGAUGUUGAUACUUUCAGUAUUCUCAAUUAUAACGAAGCUGAAAUUGCAUUGGCUAAAUGGGCUAAACUCGAGGAGAGAGCUGAAAAGGUCAAUGCUCGUCUUCCUGAAUCCAAGAGAGCUGCUUUCUUCCAAAUGAUUCUCCACCCCAUCAAGGCCGGUCACGUUGUCUACCAGAUUUAUAUCAAUGCUGCCAAGAAUUACCUCUAUGUUGAGCAGAAGCGUUCUAGCUCGAAUAGAAUGGCAUUCUCUGUGUUUGAUCUCCUGAAGGCUGACAAGCAACUCACUGAUGACUACCAUGAUUUGUUAGAUGGCAAGUGGAACCACAUGAUGGAUCAAACUCACUUGGGUUACAACUAUUGGCAACAACCCAUGCGUGAUGCUCUUCCUCCAGUUCGUCUUGUUCAAGAUCAAAUGGACGCUUUGGCCGGUACCGUUGGUAUUGGUAUUGAAGGAAGCUAUGCCACUGUUCCAGGAGAUGAUAGAUACCACGAACUCGGUGGAAAGGCUUUGACUACUCUCCCUAUGGACCCAUAUGGACCUUCAACUCGAUAUGUCGAUAUCUUCUCCAGAGAGAGAAAGUGUUCUAAAUGGGAGCUCAAGUCUGAAGUCGACUAUGUCACCAUCACUCCUUCGUCAGGAACUGUUUGUGGUACUGAUUCGGCCGAUUCCAGAGCUCAUAUUCACGUUGACUGGACCCGUGCUCCUGCUGGUUCAUCGCAAGUCAAGGUUGCUUUCAGCUUUGUUCCUUCCGACAAGACUCCUCGUAGUUUUGGCGGUACUCACGAGGGUCACAUGGGUCUGUACGUUCCUCUUAACAACACUAAGAUCCCCACCGAUUACAAGGACGGCUUUAUCGAGUCUGAUAGACAUGUCAGUAUUGAAGCUGAACACUACUCGAAGAACACAUCGUCUGAUGAAGCUCAUUACGUCACUAUUCCUAACUUCGGUCACACCUUAUCCGGUGUCACUUUAUACCCUGUUCUGGCCGGUCUUCAGCACGCCCCUUCGUCUCCAUACCUCGAGUACGAUAUCUACACUUUCUCCCCAACCACUUUGGCCAAUAUCACUGUUUACACAGCACCUUCAUUGAACUUCAACGGUGAAGGUAGACCACUCAAAUAUGCCAUUGCCGUUGACGACGAGACACCCAAGAUCGUUCAAGUUGUUCCCAGUUCGGAGUACGGACAACUCCCUGAAGGCUGGGAAGAGGCUGUCUCUAACAACUACUGGACACCCUCUUCAUCGCACCUGAUCUCACCUGGUGCUCAUAAGAUCAAGGUGUGGGCUGUUGAGCCUGGUGUGGUGUUCCAAAAGCUGGUAGUCGACCUUGGCGGUGUCAGAGACAGUUACUUUGGACCCCCCGAGAGUCGCCGAGCCGGUCAAAAGAAGGAAGAAGAAGAACAAGAUAUUCUUGUACCAGUAAGACUCCGAAUUCCUAACCGAGAGGGCCAAGGUAUCCCCGAGAGAGACGGAGCCAGACACGGCAACAACCAAGACGAAACAACCUCCGACUCCACCACCACCCCCAACCUCGGGGAGAAAAAAGGCACUCCCAAAAGCCACGGAAUCUUCCAAACUCUAAGAGGCAGUCUGCGUCUUGACCAGAAAAUCUUCAAGGGUGCAACCCUGGUAUAA